UCUUCAUGCUAUCUUCCAUCCUUCAUCCCAUUCCCUUCCUUUUCUUUCUUGGUAUCCCUUACAAGAUAAUGGCUCCUACCUCUUCCUACUUCGCCUUCUUCAUGUCCCUGUCAAUGGUGGCUGCUAUUGCUUCGGCUACUGAUGGGGGGUAUGGUUCACAUCCCAACCCUAACCUUGUAAAACCGAAGCUAAACAAGGAGAAGCCUCUCUCAACAAUGAUCGGUGUUCAAGGCCUUGUUUAUUGCAGAUCAGGCCCUAAACGCUUUCCACUUGAAGGAGCUGUGAUAAGGAUAACAUGCCUGGCUAACGAUGUGUAUGGAUACGAAGCAGCGCCAUUCUCAUUUUUGAGUGAAGCAACCGAUGCUAAAGGCUACUUUUUCGCCACGCUGUCCCCAUAUGAAAUGCAGGAUAAUUUGAAGAUUAAAGAGUGCAAGGCUUUUCUUGAGCUAUCACCAUUGGAGACCUGCAAAAUUCCUACCGAUGAGAAGCAAGGUAUUUCUGGGGCUCUUCUUGCUUCUUACCACUACCUUAGUGAUAAGAAAAUGAAGUUGUUCACCGUGGGGCCUUUCGUUUACACCUCCGCACCCAACUCAGGCUCUAAUUAUUAAAGCAGCUUUUGCCGUUGGCCUUCAUUCUUGUAGCUCUUUUCAUUUCAACGAUGUUCACUCAAAUCAUGAACUAUUCUAUAUAUAUAUAUAAUUGGGUUAAUUUUAUUUUUGUUA